AUGGACCCCCGUGCGCGUCUUGCCAUCCUAUAUGAAGACGAUAUGCAAGCGAUGGAGCUAGACACACGGCUACGCCGCGAUACCAAAUGGGACUCCACUCUUGCGCAGGCACCUGGGGUAAGUUCAUUUGGCCCUGACCUUGAACCUGGCUUUGAUCUCUACACUCCUGUAAUGGUCCCACCGAGUGAUAGUUUCGAUCUUUCAUACAUUCGCACUUUUGUGGUUGGGAUGCCAGUCGAGGAUGACCGGUAUUUGACUGAACUUGAUCAGGACACCGGUUCUACUUCCGGUUGCGAUUCGAAUCUCGAGAUGGAGGAACUCAGUCAACCCCAACCCGAUGACUCUGUGGACUUGUCAGACAUGUCUGCCGCCAAGGACCCCCCAGAUGUUUCUGACCCAGCCUCGUUUACCCCUGCUGUGGCCAUGGCCCGUUAUGCAGUCAAAUAUUGCAGCGGGGAUCUAUCCAAGAUUGUCUCCGCCCGAUUCUUCAACGGCGGUCAAUUCUGGAAUCGUACCUGGGAUCUGUACCAUCUGCCAGCUCCUAGUACACUCCUUGAGAAGCCACUGCUUCUGAUCCCCACCACCCAGGCCAAGGCCUUCCUGGAUGAAAUCAACGAGGAUACCCACUUCCGUUUGACCCUCACGGGUGUAGGCAAGCAAGGCCUCGUACUUCAGUUUACCGACAGGGAGCUGGAGCUUUUCCGCCCUGUUUAUCUCGGCCGGUCAAGCAACCUUGCGGAAAAGGACCGUCUGUUGGCGGCUAUUCCCCCACUCCCGGAGGCCUGGACUGAUUGGUCUCCCGAUGAUGCGCCCUCGGAACUGAGUGGCUUUGAACUCAAGGUCAAAGAUGCUGUCCACUCGAUCAAAAUCGACAGGGACGCCGAGAAACGGGCCCGCAAGGCAAAGCGUGACAACGCCAACAAGAAGCUCGAGCAAUGCCUGGGCCGCGUUGCUGCUUACUUUGGGUUGCGUCCUGCUUUGCAGGAAAAUGUGGUACAGCCCUCGUUUUCCAACGGCCAGCUGAAGCCAAUCGACCCCCUGAAGCCCGCUCCGUUCCAGUUCCAGAACAACCCGAUCUUCAUCAGCCUUGACACCGAGUGGAUGGAGGACUAUGGCACCUUGACGGAGGUUGGAAUAUCUGUCCUGGAUACAAAGGACUUGCAGGGUUUUGCCCCAGGCAAUUUUGGCCAGUUCUGGCUGUCUCAAAUCCGAACGCGGCACUUGCGUGUGGAAGAGUACAAGGACCAUGUCAACAUGAAGUAUCAAAUCGGUUGUCCUGACUACUUCCAUCACGGCGAAAGUGAGUUCGUUCCAAGCGCCCUAAUUGCCAAUGUAGUCAACCAGGCGCUCUCGUCCCCUGCUAUGGUGGAGUCUGGGUGCGAGGUGGAGCGAGCCGUGAUUCUGGUCGGAUUGAAUCUCAAGAACGACAUUGACAUUCUUCGACGCAAGAAGUGUCAGGCCCUUCUCAACUUGGACCCAUCACGUCCACCUCCUUGCUCGCCCGUCAUUCAUGAGGUCGUCGAUGUUGCUCAGCUGUACCGGAUCUAUGCUGGUGAGGCACAGCCCCCCGGGCUUGCCAAUCUGUUGAUAAAUCUACAGAUCGUCGGACAAGACUUGCACAAUGCCGGAAACGAUGCCUUCCACACCUUGGAGGCUCUUGUGCGACUGAUGCUUACUGCAGCCGGAGAGGUGCCAGAGGGACAUUCACCGGCUGGAUCUCAAGCUGGGGAGGCUGAAGCUACUGAACCUGAGCAGGAUCAAGUCCAAGCCGAGGAUGAUUCGAUGGAGGUGAACUUGUUGCUGUAG